AAAGGGCCCAAAUUCAAAUUCAAAUCCAAAAAUCCCUUCGAUUUGACGGUUAGCCACUUUCUAAGAGUAGCUACUGGCUAUCUCUAACAAACAAACCAAUCCUCCAUUCAUGGCGUCAAAUUCGAAGGGAUUCGUCUCCGCCUCUCCGAUUUUGACCGCCGGCGGGUUCCCCCAACCGAUGAAUCUGUCAAGUUCCGUUCCUAUCCGAGCUCCUCUCACCCUCGACGAUUCUGAUUCUGAAUUUGAACUUUCAAGUGACGCCACUCUUUCCGAAACCGCCUCGCAUUCUGACCUAGAAGCUGAAUCACAUCACGCUUCUCAAGAAGAAGAUGAAGACGAAGAGUGUUUUGAACUCGACGAAGAACUUUCCCCUCUCGUGCAAGUACCUUUGCGUGUUACUCCUAUCGCUCAUGUGUCUACUUACGACGACGAAGAGGAAGAUGAUGCUGAAGAAGAAGAAGAAGACGAAGAAGAUGAUGGUAGUGAAAUGUUGAGUGCUGAGAGAGUGGCGGAGAAUCCUGUUCGUGCUUUUCCGAAAGAUACUGAGAAUGACAUUCCAUAUGGACAAGGUCUUCGAAUCAGAGUAGCUUCUGAAGGAUACUCUACUGCUAGUUCAAUUGAUUCUGAUGCCAUGUCGCAGUGUUCGCGAGAGAAUUCGGAUGAUGAGCAAUUUGAGAAGGUAAGUGUUGCCUUAAAUGAAUUUGAAAAUGAUGAUAUGAAACUUUAUGGUUUAGAUAGGAAUGAUGAAAUUAGGGUUGAGUUUAUUGAGACUGAUGAUGUAAUGCAAAGGAAGUUGGAAGUGGUUAACAACACGGAGACCUCUGAUAUGGUGGUGGAAGAAACUUCCAAUGCAGGUAGCUUAUUAGAGUCCAAUGCCGAGGGUUAUAUUGACAGUGUGAUGCCGGAGCAGAAUAUAAGCGUCGACUGUUUAGGAGAACGGAAUCCUCGAACAUGUGAAUCUUUAUCGGAUGCCUUUGCUGAGAAUUUUGAAAAUAGUUUAGAACAUUGCGAAGAAAAUAUUGAAUAUAGUAUAGCUGAAAGUGAGAAACUGGUAAGCAUAACUGAAACUGAGAAACUGGAUAGCAUGAUGCUGGAGAAGAAUACAAGUGUUGCCUAUUUAGAAGUACAGAAUCCACAAACUGGUGAAUCUCUGGGAGAUGCCUUGGCUGAGAAUUUUGAAAAUAGUUUAGAACAUUGCCGAGAAAAUGUUGAAUAUAGUACUACAGCAACUGAAAACAUCUCAGCUAAUGGAAGUCCUGGUGUUGUUGCUGCUUCUUAUCAAGAGAGUGAAAGUGAGAAACUGGGAAGUAUAGCUGAAUCUGUAGUUGACUCAAAAGCUAUACCGGAUGAUUCUUCUGUUGGUUUUGAAACCAAUGGUGAUGUUUUUGAUGGUAAUAAAAUUCAAGAUGUUGACUAUUAUGAAAUUUCUGAUCGUGCACUCCUUCAAGAGUGUACAUAUUUGGAAAAGGGUCUGUCUGAAACUGUUUUGGGUGUUCUGGACGAAGAUGUGAUGUUUUAUGAUUACCAUUCACAUGAAAAUGAGGAAACAUUUUACGUGAGUGACACUGUAAAUAAUGAGGCUACUGUGGAGCUAAACAUUGACAGUCAAGAAUCAAAAAGAGGUGGUUCUGCUUUGGAUGAUGAUGAUGAUGUGGAAGAGUUGAUGUCAGCUCGCUUUGAGCAGUUAAGGGAGCAAAUUUCAGCUCUGUCGAUUCUUUUGGGUUCAAUAGGAUCCAGAAAGAACUCUCGUGAAGAAGAGACAGUCAUGAGUCCACAUGCAAGAAUGAACUUACCAAAGGAUGAUGCGAGAAGUCAAUUAAUUUAUUUUGAUAAUGGUUGCGAGUUAGAUUGCAACUCAGUUACAGACACUUAUAGCGAUCAAUCUAGUGUCCAUUUCCUCCAAAAUCGAGCUAGUUUCAGUUCCUUACUAAGUGGUGAUGCUCAAGCUGGGUUCCAAUUCCAACACGACAUAAGUGAAAACGAAAAGGGAAAGAUACACGAGAUACAUACCAUAAGUGUGAAAUUCUUGAGGCUUGUCCAGCGAAUAAACUUCUCUCUUGAAGAUUCCUUGGUUUCAAAAGUUUUAUGCAGGUUGGUUGCAGAUAUCGGAAGGCGCUCACAUCAAGAAUUUGUGAUUAGGUCAGCAAAAGUAUUAGCAAAAAAGCUUGAAGAAGAUUUUCAGGAUGAUUUAGACUUUUCAUUGAACAUUCUAGUUCUUGGCAAAAGUGGUGUAGGAAAGAGUGCAACCAUCAAUUCUAUUUUUGGCGAUAAAGUGGUCAUGACAGAUGCAUUUGAACCUGCCACAACUUCUGUAAGAGAGGUUUCUGGAACUGUAGAUAGAGUCAAGAUCAGAAUCCUUGACACACCUGGUCUCAGGGCCCCUAUGAACGAGCAAGCUUUCAACAGAAAGAUACUUUCAUCGGUAAAGAGGUAUAUGAAAAAGUUUCCUCUAGAUGUCAUUCUCUAUGUUGAUAGAGUAGAUAUCCAGACUGCAGAUCUAGAUGAUAUACCGAUAUUACGGUCAAUCACAAAUUCUCUAGGUCCAUCAAUAUGGCAACAUGCAAUUCUUACUCUCACUCAUGCUGCUUCUACUCCUUUGGAUGGUCCAUCGGGAUCCCCUCUGAGCUAUGAAGUAUUUGUUUCUCAAAAAUCCCAUCCUGUUCAACAAUCAAUCAUCAAAGUAGUUGGUGAUCAAUGUCAGCUGAGCCCAAGCUUCAUGUGCCCAGUGUCUCUUGUCGAGAACCAUCCAUUAUGUGGAAAAUAUGUAUCGGAGGACAGUUUGCUUCCCAAUGGACUUAGAUGGAGAAGCCAGCUAUUAGCUCUGUGUUUUUCUCAAAAGACCCUAUCUCAAGUGUCUUCUGUUUCAAUACCUUGUACUCUUCUUGAUCAAUGGAAGCACUUUUUGUUCCAGGACUAUUCUCAGCCUCUGUGCCAUCUGAGUUCUUGUUUGUUGCAGUCUCCUACUCAUCAUCUAAAAUUUUCUGCCAAUUGGAAUUGACUUCGAUAAUCUUUCAGUGAUGAGAAGACGUGAAAAGAUUCUGGCACAUCAAGAACAAUAGUCCUGCAGAGAAGUCCAGAGGAUAAGUUUCGAUGUUCCUGUUUAUUUCAAGUCUAAGCUUUUGGUGAUGUCAAUUCAAGAUAGUAAAUGACUGGGGCAAUGAUCUUCAUUGCCGGAUUGUCAAUACUGCAAAAAAGUUGGUACAUUGUAGGUAGCUUUGUUGCUGAUUUAAAAACAAAAUAGCAUUAAAUUUUCCCCGGUUUUGUUUGCGUGGACGGGCUUAUUCCUUUCACAAGUUGGUUUAUAAAAUUGCCUGAAGUGCUACUCAACUAACAACGUUAGACUUAUCUCUUUUAAACUUCUAACAUACCGUUUUCCAAUAACCUCGUGCAUAUUUAAAAGAAAAAUACAUGAUGAAUUAGACAAAAUUGAAGUCUUUAAAAGCAUGGAACAUAUUCAGACUAUUAAUGCAACAUGCGUUGAAUUGACAUAGUAAACUUAUAUGAACCGGAAAUGCUUUAUAUAUUGUAUAGUAGGGAGGGAUCAAACAAUCAUAAAACUACACGCCUCACAAUUCUCUUUCACUCAUAAUUGAUGUUACUUUUGUGCUAUAUGCAACCUUCUGAAUCCUGAUAAUAAUUAGAAGCUAAAUUAUGGGCACCAAGAACUAGGCUCGUGUAUGGUCAACUGAACCAUAAAAAUCAACUUGUUUCCACUUGAAGUUAUAUAUAUCAUACCAUCAAUAUGGAAAACUAGUUCACAAAGUUCAAAACUGGUUUUUACCAGUCUACUGCGUAUUUUUAUCUCUUUUUAAGAAAUUAUCACGGAUUAAAAAUGACUAAAACUAUUUGGCACUGGCUGAGCUUCUCUCAAAUUUAACCUUCCAUUUUCGAUAGAAAUCAGAUAUCCUCAACUACAAAAACUAAUCCCCUCGAGUAGGAAAAGACUCAGUUUCUUUGGCUGUAUUUUUCUGUCAUUUUCUUGUCUCUUUUCACACAAAACAACUGUUUUUUUGGCACAAUCUAUUGCAAUCUCCCCUGCGUUGAUAUGUUCACUGAAUUUGAUUCCUUAAACAAUGUCGGCAAUGAACAUUUUCCU